UGCAGUUAGUAUUGGUGUGGCGCGCGUGCGCACAGCAUGAGAGACAGUGUGUGUGAGGGACCAGGACGGGCCACCCAGCCUCUCUCUCUCUCUCUUCUCUCCUCUCUCUCUCUCUCUUACUACUGUAAGACAAGUACCAGCCUCCAUCACACACUACAACAUGACUCUGAACCCGCAGUACCAGCAGAUAGGGGAGACCUUCGUCAAGCAGUACUAUGCUAUCUUUGACGGCGAGAGGGAGGGCAGGGAAAAGCUGGUCAACUUUUAUCACGCGGAGCUCUCGUUAAUGUCAUUUGAAGGAGUUCAAGUUCAAGGAGCUGUGCAGAUUUUGGGGACACAACUUGCUGCUCAUUUGUCACAACCAUAUCCAAACACCAGUAUCAACAAGCAAGAGAGCAAGGAAUUUAGGAAUUUGUCGUUUACAAAAAUUGCUCGUGCUAUCACCACAGUUGACUGCCAGCCCACCUUUGAUGGGGGAGUCUUGGUUAACAUUUUAGGCCAGCUUAAGAUGGAUGAGGACCCGGUUCAUGGAUUCUCUCAGACGUUUGUUCUCAAACCAAUGAAUGAAUCCUUCUACAUCCAGCAUGACUCUUUCCGUCUCGUCAUUCAUAACCACUAGAUCAUCGCUUUUUUGUCAAUCACAUGACCAUGGACAUCAGCUAGUGAAUCAUCAUUUCCAACCACAGGCUAUCAAUCAAAUUAAACUAUAAUCAUGAGUGCAUGAGUGACAAAUAUGAAUUGGAAGCCAUUUGUAGGAAUCAUGCAGUAUGAUGAGAACAUGUUUUAUGCAAGACAUGCUUAUGGCUCUUGUAAUAGACUUAAUUUGUCUGAGAAAUACUUAACAUUCUUUUGAAGAAAGAUUGCACAAUGCGUGUGCAGUUUCCCUCUGUAACUACUGCAUCAGCCAACUUGAAAAGCAGUACUUGUGAAUACAGGAAAAUAAGAUGUUUAAUGGAUGAACAUGAGUACACAAAUUGAUCUGCUAAUUACAUUCUAAGGUUUGCAAAUGGCAUUUCCAAGAAGUUACUACAAGGCAGUCACAUUGUGAAUAUUGUCACCGAACUCAUACGCUUAAAUAAUGUCCCAGAAACGGGAACUUAUUGCUUUUGUUAUAUGGUGCAGAUGCAAGUUUGGGAACAGCUAACUGAGAUACAUUUUGGGUGGCACUUUCUUGGCUGUAUCUGUGUUAAGAUUGCUUAAUAUGCUGUUUCAUAAGUUUCUCUAAAAUUUUGAAUGAGUAAUGCCACUUGCUAGGUUAAGGAUUGCUGUUACUGAUUUGACAUUUUUUUUGAUGCACACAAACACUUAAAACAUAUCGUUGGAGAGGACAGUAUGAGCCUCAAAUUGGUUUAAAGGCUAAUGAUGAGUGAUUUCCUCAGUACUAAUUAGUUUUAACACAAUAUCUAUCUUGUUGAUAGUCACUCAUGUCCUCCAGAUUAAUGAAUGACUGUUAUUGUUCAGAGGCAAUUAUAAACUGGUUUUGGCUUUAUACUUUAACAUGUUACAUAAAUAUCUGGCCUUUGAUGUAUAUCACAGUUUGGUUGGUACAAUGUCUGCCUAAUAGAUAGCUGACUUGAAUAUUAACAUUGUUGUAUAUGUUCUAGAAAGUUUUUAUAUUUGUAAAUUUAUUUUUUUUUUUAUUACUGCACUCUCAAUUAUAACAACUUAGUGGAUAUAAUUUAUCAUUUUGUUGUCAUGGUACCGUGCACUUUUAUUUAUUUCUUUUAUAAUUUCUCUGUGAGAACUCGUAUGUAUUUUAACACAGUUGCAUGGUUAAUAUGUUGCUGUGAUUUGUUUCUUACUGUCUGGGAAAUCUGCCAUUAAUUCAUUAGUUUUAACAUUGUUAUAAGUUUGCUGGUUUCAAUGAUAACCCGUGAAUUUGUACAUCAGAAUCACUCGGUGAGAUAUGUUUGUUUUUGAAUUGUACUUUGUAAUAUAAUCAGAAAUGAAUAUUUACAGAAUGGUGCUUAGUGUUACAUUUUUCACUCUGAUACAAAACACGAUUGUUUGAUAUUGAAGCUAAGGGGAAAGAAUCACUCUUAAAAGGAUUAAUGUAUUCCUUUUGUUUCCAUAUUUAAAAGGUUAUAUUUAUCUGCCACUAUAUGUAGUGUUGUUCAUUUUUUGUUGUCCUUAAAAGCAUAAAAUGAUCCUUGGCAAUUUUAGGUGCAGCAUCUAUAGGGUAGUCAAAGUACCAACUUUAUUCCCUUCAGUCUCCUAUAUCAAGGGCACCUGGGUAACUUUUUCACAUGUAAAAUUGCCCUUGCAUCAUCAGUAGUUUAAUUAAAAUGAUAUUCUUACAUAAUCAAAA